AGCUUAGCCUCAAGUUUUUGGUGCUGUGAGCCUUUUGGAUUCGCAGUUGGAGGCGGUCUGACUUUGUCACGCUCCAGACAUGGAGGCAGACGAUCUGGACAGUCUCAUUGCCGACUCGCUCAGUGGCGUGCAAGCAGCACUUGAGGGCGACCGCAAGGCCGCUCCAAGCGACACGCAGCGAAGUGCCGGCGAGGCUGUGAAGGAGCUGCAGCAAGGAACGAGGUCUGAUGCGCAACCUCCGGGGGAGGACUUCUUCAAGAACCUGGUUCAAACCUUCCAGGACGAGAAUUUCCAGAAGGCCAUGGCGGAAGCCAUGCAGGGCAAGGACGCGGAGCCAAAGCCGACUCCUCUCGUCGAGCCGAAGCCUGCAAGUGCGGAGGGCUACGCUGCUGCUUCAGCUUCCACUGCACCCGCAAUAGCAUCUUCCACUCCGGCUGACACAACAGAGGACUUCCUCCAAAACUUUAUGAAGAACUUUGACCAGGCAGCCAGUUCCGACCCAAACUUCGAGAAGCAGCUCACGACCUUCAUGUCGUCGAUGCUCUCGAAUGAUCUCUUGACGGAACCAAUGCAGCAGAUUGCGGAUGCGCUGGAGCCCUAUCUGAAGAAGACAAAAGGCUUGAAAAAGGAAGACAGAACUCGGUACGAGGCGCAGCUGCGAUUGUACCGACAGAUCGUCGGGGUCUACAAGUCCAGCCCCGAUCCUUUGCCGGACGCCACACGGGACCAGGUGCAGCGGAUGCUUCAGGAGCUCCAGGCCCUCGGGCAGCCGCCCGAUGAGGUCAUGGCACAGAUUGUCCCAAAAGACGUUGGAGAAGGAGGGGGCGAGAGCUUCGAGGACUUGAUGAAAAAUAUGGGCCUCGACUCCAAUCUCGCGGCCGCAGAGCAGGAUCUGAUGAAAAAACUCGCGGAUGAUCCUGAGGAACUCACGAAGAUGAUGAAAGAGAUGACGGGGGGCAUGCCUGAAGAGGCCUGCAAGCAGCAAUAAAGCCUGCAUCCCAAACCCGACCAUUGUGAACA